AUGCCAGAAAUUGCCGCGGGAAACAGUGGCCAAGCGGAGCGAGAUCGCAUACGGCGACAGGAAAAGCAGGCGUUUCUUGGAAUGAAGCUGGUGGAAACCACAAUUUGUUCUUUUUCUCGGCUACGUGUGGUUCAUUGCGCUGCUGGUGACGGUGUACGAUGUGGUGCGGUUGCUGUUGGACGUCGUGGUGCGAAGAUUUGCUGCCUGAUUUGCGCCGGGCUACACAUCCAGGGAUUCCUGCACUAUCCGGAACCGUUUCCCCACGAGAUGUUGUUCUGCGGUCUGUACGCGAGCUACUUUCUGAUCUCGUUCUACUCGUUUGUGUUUCUGUACAUGGGCUGCUGUGCGUUGAACUACACGGUCGAGGCAAUAGUUGCGGGUGGUGCUUUCCUGCUGUUCGUGGUGUCGGCGUUCGUUUCGAUGUACCACGCGGAAAACGACAUCCAUCUUCAGUACCUGACGGACAAGGAGGAAUGGUACCAUCGGUUUUUUGUGUACUGCCGCUUACAAAGCUUGGGUGCAACAAUUACGGCGCAAAUGUUUCUGGUCCACUGUUCACUGGCGCUGGAUUUGGACGGGCUGCUUGACCGAUGGUUUGGAGGGCUUGGUGGUCGUCGGUCAAUUGCCGAAGAAGGUUCGGCGGAUGAUGUGAAGGCUACUGGACGUUUGCAAAUCAACCCAUUUUGGAUGCCUGCGUACGAAGCCCUUCUCAAGCGUCUGCCAUGUGAGUGUUGCAAAGGCGAAUCGGUUAGGUAA